ACUUGAGUCGGUGAUGGCUUGGUAGGUGGUAGGUUGUGUUUUUGUUCACUAAAUGUUCGUACGGGUUGUUUAAUUGUCUAGUGCCGUGAAAUAGAGUAUGUUUUAUCGUUAAAAAACGUUUUGAAGUGUAAUAUAUCAUUGAGGAUUUGAAGAAAAUUUGUGAAACAAUAUAAUCAAUCCAAAAAAGAUGGCGGAGACUGUAAAGAAAUCUAGAAUAGUAAGUGAUGAAGAAGAAAAUCUCGAAGAAGCUUUACUGGAAGAGUUUAACAUGAGACUAAAAAAUUGCAUGAGCAAAGACGACCUCCAAGAGGCUGAUCAGUACCCAGAAGACAACUUCUACGAAAAUAUUAGCAAUAACAUACGUCCUGUUCCAAAAAGCGGCAUAGCCAGCAACGAUUUCAUUGAAAAUGAACGUCACCAGUACUACGACACCCCCGUUAUUACCCUGAAUCUUAAAAAUGGCAGCUCAGAAACCCAAAACGGCCACGACGUCGAAGAGGAAAAUUUAUACGAAACGUUACCGGAACCAAGUAAGACUGAACUGACGGACCAAUCCCCCGAGACGCCCAAACUUAAUCUUAACUUAGAUUUAAGUCCGAAAAUCGAAGUAGCGAAUGAGUACGAAAUCAUCAAUAAGGAAAUCGAUAAAGAAACAACUGAAAGGCCUGAAUUUAGUCUAAACACUACAGAUUUUUCAGAGUUACAUCUUUCACAAGACGAAAACGUGAAAUCGGUUAAAGAUAGAAUGCUCCUAAUGACAGAUGACGCUGCUACGCUGCUAUUUACUCAAACUGUCACUUCCCCGAUGCUAACUCCUUCCGAAGAAAACAUUGACUUCCUUAAAGGCUUCCAAAGAGAAAACACCAACUCCGAUGAAUCAGCUUCCAAUGAAAUAACUAAAGAUGAAAAAGAAGAUAAAGAAGAAGAGAAUACCACCAGUGAAGUGAGUGCUGAAAUAUCCACAAGUGAACCACCAGUUAAUACCAGUACACAGGAGGAAGUCAAAAUAUACGAACAUUCAGAAAACAUAUACGAAAACCUAAAAGAGCCGACAAAUGAAAACAUCUACGAAAAUCUGAAAGAAGUUAAAGAUAAAGUAGAAGAAUUAGAAAAUUACGAUGAACAUAUCUAUCAAGAUAUUGAAGAUUACCCAAAGGAUCUCUACGAACCAGUAGAGGAUCCAGAGAAAAAUGAUGAAUUUAUGGUGGAAAACAGUCUGUACAACAAAUUAGAUGAACUAAGUCAAUUCCAAAACGACGAAAUAGUCACUGACCUAGAUGCAAUUGAGAACGGCAUUGAAGAUGAACCUGUGGAUAAUAAUUACGAAGUUAUAUCAGAAGAUGAACCUGAACUAACUAAAGAAUCACUAGAAGAAGUCAUCCUAGAAAAUCACAUCGAGGAAAUUAAAAAAGAAGAAGUUGAGUAUGAAAGCAUUACCGACAGUAAUACUGAAGAAUCUCUAGACAGUAAAACUAAAGAAACAUACACAGAAUUUUUAUACCAUAGCAAAACAGAGAGCAACUAUUACGAAAAGUAUACAGAAGUCGUGUCCAAAAACACAGAAAUCAGUAACAGAGAAAAAGAUACUGAAACAGUUCCUGCUGAGAUAGUGAAGAAUCUGAAGAGUCAGUUUCUUAAAGGAGAUGCAGAACUAGUUUCUGCUGCAUCCAAAAAGGAAAUAGAAGAUGUUAGUCAGUUGAAAAUGGUCAAUAUUAUAAAGCAAAUCAAUAAGUUUGAACUUAAGGAUACUGGAGAAGCAGCUGACGACGAUAGCACCGUAACUGAAACUUACACAGAAACCACUACGAUUCAGUCCGACACACCUGAGGAGAAGGUUUUAAAAAAGAAGAAAACGAAAAAAUCGAGAAAAGAGGAAAAGGAAAACAUUUCAGUGAAUGGCGAUUUAGUGAACGGGGAUUAUUGCUAUAAUGUGAAUGUUAGAAACUUGUGUAGAAGUUUUGGAGACUUAACAAAAAUCCCCGACGACACUAGAAGCAAACCAUCACCUAUAAGGAAUACUGGGCGAUCUAAGUCUUUAUCGGAUGUCUUGCUUUCAUCUAACAAAAAAAAUAUCGAGAAUGUUUUCUCGGAAGUAUCUGUACGGGCGCUGAAAGAAAAAUUUAACAUCUUCGAGAACAAAGAUCCUCUGGGUAUAGUAAAACCUACCUUCAAAAAUCCCGCAAUGAAGUCCAGCUUUAGUAAAUUCGAUGCCCUCCAAAAGAAGAAUGUUCUUCACAUCCGAUCUUCUGAUUCCGCCAAGGCUCAAGAGAAGUUUAACGGCACCCAAAUCGACAUGACAAAUUGCAAGGCUUGCGCGAAGCAAGUCUUUCAAAUGGAACAAAUCAAAGCUGAAAAAGCAGUUUGGCACAAGAACUGUUUCAGAUGUACGGAGUGUAGUAAACAGUUAACCGUUGAAACAUACGCGAGCCAUGAGGGCACCCUCUACUGCAAACCCCAUUUUAAGUCCCUCUUCGCCCCUAAGGCAGUUGAAGAUGACACUCCAUCAAGCGACAAACCCGACCUGGGUCUUGAGGAACUCCAGAGUUUAAAUGUGAAAGAACGCUUUCAAGUUUUCCAACAAACUCAGUCGGAAACUCAAGAGAUGGACAGAGGACCCACUCCUGUCAAUGUGAAGAAAUCACCAUCUAUUUUAUCCAAACUCGCAAGAUUCCAAGCUAAAGGCAUGGACGUCGGUGUAUCGGACGAAGCUUUGAAUGGAAUACCUAUCGAAGAAUCCUCUUCUGAAGCCGAAGAAGAGGAGGAGGAAGUGCCUGAUGGAGAGGAUCCCACUCUAUACAGGGCCAAGAAGGUACAAAAAGAAAAACCGUUCCAUUUUACUAAUCUUAACGAAGUUAAAAAUAAAUGGGAACAGGGAGAGCAGAAUUCGAAAGAUGAGAGACGGGAGGAAAGGAAACAGGAGAUCCAGUCUAUUAGGAAUAAGUUAUUUUUGGGGAAACAAGGAAAAAUGAAGGAAGCAUACCAGCAAGCCGUUAUGCAAUCAGAAUCGUGCACAAAUCUCGUAAAAUCAGAGAAAAUAGAGUCCUGUGAUACUAAGUCUCUGAAAGAGAGAUUCGAGAAAGGAGAAUUGGCAACCGAACGAGAAUCCAGGAACGGAGACUCAGAUGAUACCGAAGUGUUCCAAAGUGAAAUUAGUAAGAAAUCUAGGUCCUUAUUCCUUGAACUUGAUGCCAAUGCUGCCAAACAGCCCCAGAGCAUAUCACCUGUUGCUGUACCCAAAGUAGAUGUAAAAAAAGCUCGAGAGUCUGACACUCCCGAUCGUGAAAUUUACCAUGAUCCCGAAAUUAUUCGUUCUGAUGAGACAGUCGAUGAUUCGGAAGUCGCUAAGGCUUCACACACAGCUUCGAAGAUGCUAAGCAAGUUUAGACAAAUGGAGGAGAGCUUUUCCAAGGACCCAGAACCAGCAGGUCCUAAACCAUUGAAACGAUUCACUCCUCCACCAGAACCUACCAGAACUGAAAGUGAAAGCGAAGAAGGAUCGGCUACCGAGGAAGAAAAUGAAGAAGAUGAAGAGGAUCAAACUGAUAACCACAAAUUACCUGAAGAUUUGAUCGAAGCACAAAAAGCAGCCAGAGCAAGACAGCUCAGAGCCAAGUUUGAAAAAUGGGAAGCUCAAGAAAUAAGAAGAGAGCAAAAUCAAAGUGUUAACGUUAUCGAAGAAUACGGUGAUGAAUCCCAGGUUGAAUCAACAAAGUCGUUAAGAGCACGUUUUGAAUCAAUGAGGGAGACAAGCUCAGACAAAACAAGGACACCUCGUGUAAAAGUCAAUAGAUUUGUGUGAAUGAAAAAUACUGAAUGGAGUCGUCCAAACACUUUAAGCCUAAUUGUAUUAAAGAAUCUACUAGUAAUUAAUGAAAAACAAACUUUGUACUGUCAUUACGCUGUACUUCUUGUUGCGCCAGCGCCACGUACGGUUCCUUCUCGAACUACCGUAGACAGUAGACUUCUCGAACAAUUUCAAUUGUCGAUUAUCUCACCAAUUUAUGCAUGUCAUUUUUGCUGUGGAUAGGGUUACGUCAUUUUAAAUCAAUUGUGAAUGUAUUAAUGUAACUCUGCACAAUCAAAUUACUUUAUCCGAUGUAUUGAGUAUAUUUUUAUAUAUUUUUAACGUUUUUACUCAGUUGUUAGUACCAGCAGAAAACGGAUUCACAGUUUUGUCCAGCUUGUGUCAUUUUGAUUCAUGGGGUGAUUACCUAUAUUUUUAGUAUAUACAUUUGCGGUUAGAUAUAAUUUUUGAUUGCCAAAAUUUAGUUCGUUUGUACUUUGUGUAUUAUUUCCUGUUAAUGUUACCAUCAAAAUUAUUCUUUUACUCCUUAUUAGACUAUACAUAUUUUCCUUGAUAAAAAUUGGUAACCUUUAUUUUUAAGGUUGGCGCAUCUCUAGUAAAAUUACUUCAAAUUUUGGAGUCCUAGAAGUCCUUUUCGCUCAAUGAAUAACUGUUUUUUUGCAAAUUUUAUUCAACUAGUACUUAUAGUCAUCACGUUUUAGUCAAUUUUAAAUCCGUUUUGGUUUUCAUUUAAAUAUGAAGAGGGUUGAUAGUGAAGAGGGGUUGAUAAUGAAGGGUUUUAUGAAGAGGGUUGAUAAUUGUAAAAAUGUAAGCCCAUAAAAGCACUUUUUUCACCUGCACUAUACCAAUACUGUAUACCACCAAGUCAUUUUACCCCCACUAUGAAAUUUAUCAAAAUUACAUCAAGCUGUCAAUUUAAACGCGUUUUUGAUUUUUAAUUAUAGAAUUAUAAAUUAAAAAGAUUCUUAUUUUCUCUUCUCUUUUAAAAAAUAUUUGUACGGCAAAAUUAUUUUAAAGUACUAAUAACUGAGCUCUAUGUACACUUUUCAUAAUACUAAUAUAUGAAUAUAAAACUUUUGAAGCCUUGAAACCAAUUUCUUUGCUAAUAUUUUCAUAACCUGUCCAAUUUUUUAUUCUUAUCUACCUACUUUUGAUGUUUAAUGAUUGAACGUACAUUAUAGACCAAUUUUUCUGUCACUUAAAUUUUCGAUUAAAUCCAUACUUGAUAUCAUUUUAAUUUUAUCUAUUUUAUGUGUUUUUACCUAUUUAAAAUCGAUACUGUUCAUUACUCUCUAUAAGUAUACUCUCUCUUAUAGUGUAUAAUAUGAUUCUAAAGGACUCCUCCGUUUCAGUUCACUAACAAAAUUAAUUCUUUGCAUUUUUGCUCAUAAUUACUCUGUAGCAAAUACAGAAAUGUUCAUAUCUGAUUGAAUCAAAGAAAUGGUUUCAACUUCUGAUAUAAUAACAUAACUCAAGUGAGAAAUUGACGUUUAAUUAUUUAGCUUAGAUAAAAUGUUUUGUACUAUUGUCGUUGUGUUUUCUUUCAAUUACGCAGAAUUAAAUAAUGCUCUGAAAAAACUGUGUUAAAAAUAACAAUUUUGUUAAAAAGGGUGAAAGACAGCGAUAUGAUUCACAUACCUCUCAAAAAUGGUUUAUUACUAUGAUACUAAUGACAUCUAGUGUAGAUUUAAAACACCUAAUUCUCCUGCAAUGCUUAAACCCAUGAAAAAUAUUCUUUGUGACAUGUUUUUUGUCCUACUACAAUGAUAAAUAAGGAAAGGGAAGAAUAUUUCAUUUUACAUACAUAAAAUCAAUUGACUUGAAAUUUAGAACAAACACAUUAAAACCUGGAGAAAUACAAUAUGACAACUUCCGAAACUGGAUACCUUUUUGAAAUGUUGAUCAUUCAAUUCGCUGUGUGUCACCCUAUAUGCUAUUUAGUAUAAUUUACAGUAAGACACCUUGUAUUUUGUAGCGCGUUUAUUGGACAUUUUUGAGGACUUUUAAAUCCUGUUAGCGGUGUAGUGAGAAAGUACUCGAAAAGUACAAGGUGGUCUUUAUAUAAAGGUUGUCACUUACUUGCCCGUUGUGAAUCGCGAUAGCUCAGUCUGUAUACUUUGCAUGAAGUUCGCUGUCAGGUGUCCAAUGUCAUAAUAUUUUCUUUUCGUUUUUUUUUUUUCGCCAAUCUACUAUUGCCUACGAUGUGUUUUGGUGAUUGAUAUUGAUAUUCUUUUCUCAAAUUUAUUGCCUUUUAAUUAUUAUCCCCAUCUUGGCGAUUCGUUUCUGGCAAGUGCGCGACAACCUUUAGCGAAAGUUUGUAAUACUGAAAAACAUGUAGAUAGGACCUUUAGAUUUAACAAAAAACAGUAACUCUAGAUGGUCAUUUUUAUAUUAAAUAUCUAGGUAUUUUAUUAAGUUUUUUCUAUUCUAGCGCUUGUUUUAAAUAAAAAAAGUUCAUAUUUUAAAGUGAUUAUUAUAUACUGAUAGUAGGUAGAGAUUAUUUUGUUGUAUGUUCUCGUUUAUGUUAAAAAAAAGUCUAAUUGUUGGAUAUUUUGGUAAAAUUUUUAAAAAUCUAGAUGUUAACAACUGUGAAAUCAAACCAAAAAAUCUGAACGUCUAUUGAUAUGAUUGAGAAUUUUCUAGGUUAUGAGAUUAUGAUAUUUUAAAGAAUUAAUUUAUGUAAUUUGUGCCAAUUUAUACUGAUUUUUGAGUGAAAUAAACUGAAUUUUUUAAUGUC